AUGGCUGGUGAGCAAGGAUCACAUAUUCGAGAUGAUACACUACUCAAUACUGUGAUUAGAGAGGAUCAUAAUCGGCACCACAUGGCUGUUACUUUAUAUGAAAAUACCAUUUAUCGAAUACGUAUUCAAUUGGAUUGUGACGAACGUUCUGCUAGAGCUUCAUUUAAACUCAGUUGCAACCUUGCUCAAGAUGUCAAUGUCUUGAUUGAUCUAAACGGUGAUGGAAUAUUUGAUGAAUCAGAAAGCCACGUCCCUCAUCGAUGGCCACUACGUAGUACAAUGACCAUAGGCAUUUAUGAUUUGGAAAUACCUGUACCCAGUAUCAAUGAACGAAGUAUGCGCGGUGGAUCACAUCUUAUGCGCGUCGUUGUCAAGUCAAGUGACGAGUAUAUCAGAAAAUGUGGCCGAUCUGACUAUAGCGAAACAAGAGAGUACACAAUCAACAUUAUCUCAAAGGUAACGUAUAGUGGUACAACGUAUAAUGAUGCAGCGUAUAAUGGUGAAGCCUUUAAUGAUGCACCGUAUAUUAGUGCAGUGCAUAAUGAUGCAGUGUAUAAUACUGCAUCGCAUAAUAGUGAAGCAUUUAAUGGUGUAGCAUACAAUAAUGCAGCGUAUAAUGAUGAAGCCUUUAAUGAUGCAGCGCAUACUAGUGCAGUGCAUAAUGAUGCAGUGUAUAAUGGAGGUAACACACUUUUCUAA